CGAGGUUAUAAAUACAAUCCAAAACCACUUGUAGAUUUAGAUUUACUUUAGUUUUCUAACAGUUCACACACUGACAAUUGAACAGUUUAUUUUGAAAGUGCUAUGUCGGACGCAGUUGUCGAAAAUAGGAUUAUGAAUUCACCAAACAAAAUGGAGAAAAAAGAUUCUGCUUACAAAAGAAGCAACAAACCAUUCAUGGAAAAGAAGAGACGGGCAAGAAUUAACAACUGCCUGACACAGUUGAAGACCCUGGUGCUCCAAGCCAUGAGAAAAGAUACCAACCAGUAUUCUAAACUAGAGAAAGCAGACAUCUUAGAAAUGACGGUAAAACACUUACGUCAGCUUCAACGUCAACAGGUUUCCCAGGCAAUGACGUGUGACCCUACCGUCGUGACGAAAUACAAGGCCGGAUUUAACGAAUGUGCAAAUGAGGUUAUGAGGUACCUCGGCUCGGUACAGGGCGUUGAGGGAGAAACCAGAAACAGACUGGUAAAUCAUUUGGGAAACAUCGUCUCUCAGUUAAAUAAUCAAACUUCAGAACAGUGCCAACAGCCUCUAAACGUUCAAAUACCUCCGCAAUCAAACCAGCAAGGACUACACAGUGUUCAAAACGGCUGCCUCCUCAUGCCAGCCGUUCAUACGUCACCAUUAGUGCUACAACAAGUGCAAAAUGUAAACGUUUCAAACAUGUACAAUCAGGGACAUAAUUCACAACCGCACCAACAGCGCAAUCACGGAAAUACUGCGCAGAUGUGCGGCUCGUUUCAAAUAGUGCCUAAUACAAAUUCGCCGUCCGCGGUUGCUGUAUAUCUUGGACAAUCACAACCAAUGCAACAAAAUGUUCACACCUCGCCAGCUCCAGCAUGCAACCAAGCAGUACCAUUAUACACCACAAGAACGCCACCAAGAACAAAAGCCAGUCUGAAAGCUUAUGACUCUUCCGCGUUUUCACAAGUUUCAAAUUCAGACAUUUCAAACUCAUCGUCGCCAUCUUGUUCGCCGUCAUCACAGGAAAUGUCGUCAUAUACAGCCUCGCAAAUGGACUUAAAUUUACAAGGACUUGUUAAAUAUGGUAGAACACCGAGUCCAUUAAAAGUUGAAGAUGUAUGGCGGCCCUGGUGAGCCUUAACUUUGUUAAAAAACGGUAAUACGAUAACUUCUCAGCGACUUUGUGAACUUGUACUUUUUUUUCACACAACUAAUGUUGACUAAUUCUUAAUAUGAUACAAAAAUCCAAGAAUAUGAUGAUCAGACGUGCGCUAGAUCUUCUUUAUACAUAACUGUGUAACGUCACGUUACGUUACAAAUACGUUACACUAUUUUACUAACACUUUAGUGCUUUGAAACACGUCCUGGAGACAGUGUUACGUAGUGACUAUGAUAAAAAAUAAAAGUGCAUUAUUUGUUAAAAUUGUUACAUUGAAAAUGUUUUUUAUAAUUGUUGCGAAAUAGAAAAUAUGAAAACCCUUACAA